GAAGGCACGGAGGGUGGGGGGGACGACGACGAGGAGGAGGCCUGAGUGCGCGAGGCGCAGUGACGGAAGGAGCGGGGGGCAAAUGGCGGAGAGAUGGUCCAGGGCCCUGUUGAGAGAGCAGCCGCAGUAGUCGCACUCGUCCCGGCGCGCGGGCGGAGGAGGAGGCGGCGGCGCCGGAGGAGGCGGCGCCGGCGCUGCUGACGACCUCGGGGUGGGGGGGGGGGGAAAGGGAGAGGAAGAAGCCGGGGGCGUCGCCCGACUGAGCGGGGAGGAAAAGAAGAAGAAGCAGCGGAGCCGCUCAGUCAGCGAGCCAGAGCGACGGUUGGGCGACAGUUGGGGAUUCGAAGAGUGACGUGGGCGCGCGAGACCGGGGAGUCGCUCCCCUCCACCUAUCCCGGCGGCUGUGCUUUCCCCUCUUCCUCGCUCGCGCGCCCGCUCCCCUCCCUGGGCCUGGCUGAGAGAAUAUGAAAGAGGCGUCAAAAUGACAUCCAGAUUUGGAAAGACAUAUAGCAGGAAAGGGGGUAAUGGCAGUUCAAAAUUUGAUGAAGUUUUUUCCAACAAACGGACCACUCUUAGUACAAAAUGGGGAGAAACUACCUUUAUGGCCAAGCUAGGACAGAAGAGGCCCAACAUCAAGGCAGACAUUUCUGAAAUUCCUAAAAAACCCAAAGUAGAAGAAGAAGCAAUAGAAGAUCCAUUUGGAUUUGACAGUGAUGAGGAAUCUCUGCCAGUAUCUUCAAAGAAUGUGUCACAAGCUAAAAGUUCCUGUCAGAUGGAAUCCAUUGAAACUUCUCAGUCUGGAGACAUGUCUUCUGUACUUGAAUCUAACAGCAAAAUUAGUCAGUCAAUCAGUGAAGAUACUUUGUCCAACAGAUGUGUAACUUUCGAUAAUGCUGCACAUGGAGUAAAAGAGAAGACCUCUAACAGAAGUAUGGAGGAGGAUGACAUCAAAAGCAGCAAUGCUACAAUUGUCAUGGCAGACAAAGUACAGAAUUUCAAUGAGGAUAAUGAGAACAGUCACUUCAUCCAUAAGAAUGCUGAAGACAAUAAUCCUCACACAGCAGAAAUCUCUGGGUACAGCAUUGAGAUCAAGGAUGCUCAUGAUUCUUGGGACUCCCACAUUGGGAAGAAAGACUCUUUAGCAGAAGUGUCACAUACAAAAGGAUCCUUAAUAACUGGCUUGUAUGAAUGGGAAGAUGAGAAUGAGGACACCCGAAGAGGCGAAUAUCUGUUAGGUUUUGAUAAUGAACCGAUUUCAGAGAUAAAAAUCAAGGAUGAUGAUCUAGUCAAAGAAGACGUUGAAAGUCCAAGGGAAGCUAUUAGUGAAGAACUGAUGCAAACCGUUCUCAGGCCAAGCAAUUGUCGGACAUAUUGUAGAUCCAACAAAACAAAAUCACAGUGGGCAACAAGUUUUGAAAAUGCUGUUCAACCUCUUGCCAAAGCAAACAGUGACUCAAAUACUGAUGGUCCGAACCCAGUAAGAAAAGUUGCUUUAAGUAGUGGGACCAGUUUUAGAGGACGGACUAGAGACUACACUGUUCUCCAUCCAUCAUGCUUAUCGGUAUGUAAUGUUACUAUUCAAGAUACUAUGGAGCGUAUUGAUGAAUUUGCUCCAGCUGCACCUACUGAUCUGGGAGAAGCAGGACGUCUUAGAAAGAAAGCUGACAUGGCUACAACCAAGACUACGACCAGAUUUCGACCUAGCAAUACCAAAUCCAAAAAAGAUGUGAAAUUGGAGUUCUUUGGGUUUGAUGACAACGAUGAAGGAGGGGAUGGUGAAGGAGGCUCUAGAACAUCUGGAAGCUCAAACUAUAAAAUUAAAUACUUUGGUUUUGAUGACUUGAGUGAAAGUGAGGAUGAUGAUGAAGACCGUCUGUUUGAAAGAAAAGCUAAUAAGAAAAGAAGCAGAAUUGCACCAUCUUCGACCUUACUUCAGUCCAGUUCCGAUGGCAGUGAAAACUAUUCACAGGACAGCCAGUCAAGCGCUAAUCCAGAACUGCUGGAUUUUGCAGAAGAUUCAUCUAGUGUUCCUGAAAGCAAUAAGAAAUCCACAAACCCCCAAGGUGAUAAAUCUAAGGAAAACACCCGAAAAAUAUUUAGUGGACCAAAGAGGUCGCCAACAAAAGCGGUAUACAAUGCUAGACAUUGGAACCAGCCGGAAUCUGAGGCUCUUCCAGCAGGACAAGUGGUGAAGAAUCCAAGUGUCCCAGUAAGGCUGUCUUCAAAGGAGGCAGUUCAUAAAGAUGAUGGUGUGUUUAAAGCUCCUGCACCACCUCCCAAAGUGAUAAAAACGGUGACGUUACCUACUCAGCCCUAUCAGGAGAUAGUAACUGCCUUGAAAUGUAGGAAAGAAGACAAAGAACUAUACACUGUUGUUCAACACGUCAAGCACUUCAAUGAUGUAGUGGAAUUUGGCGAAAAUCAAGAGUUCACAGAUGAUAUUGAAUACUUGUUAAGUGGACUGAAGAGCAAUCAGCCCCUAAACACACGUUGCCUUAGUGUUAUCAGCCUGGCGACCAAGUGCGCCAUGCCCAGUUUCCGAAUGCAUUUGAGAGCACAUGGAAUGGUAGCUAUGGUCUUCAAAACACUGGAUGACUCACAGCAUCACCAGAACCUUUCGCUUUGUACAGCAGCUUUAAUGUAUAUCUUGAGCAGAGAUCGCUUGAACAUGGACUUAGAUAGAGCCAGCUUAGAUUUAAUGAUUCGGCUUUUGGAGCUAGAGCAAGACUCUUCUUCAAAGUUGCUCAAUGAAAAAGAUAUGAACAAGAUCAAGGAGAAAAUCCGAAGACUCUGUGAAACUGUUCACAAUAAACACCUUGAUCUGGAAAAUAUAACGACAGGGCAUUUGGCAAUGGAGACUUUGCUCUCUCUCACGUCAAAGCGGGCAGGGGACUGGUUUAAAGAAGAGUUGCGGCUCCUCGGCGGUCUUGAUCAUAUUGUAGAUAAAGUUAAAGAAUGUGUGGAUCACUUAAGCAGUGAUGAAAAUGAAGAGAAAUUGGUUGCUUCAUUAUGGGGAGCAGAAAGAUGUUUACGGGUUUUAGAAAGCGUAACAGUUAAUAAUCCAGAGAAUCAAAGUUACUUGAUAGCAUAUAAGGAUUCACAGCUCAUAGUCUCCUCAGCCAAAGCACUGCAGCAUUGCGAGGAACUGAUCCAGAGAUACAACCGUGCUGAAGACACCAUCUUUUUGCCAGACAGUAAGCCCCUGCCUCACCAGAAUGUAACAAACCAUGUGGGUAAGGCAGUGGAAGACUGUAUGAGAGCCAUCAUUGGCGUCUUACUCAAUUUAACAAAUGAUAAUGAGUGGGGUAGCACUAAGACAGGCGAGCAAGACGGUCUUAUCAGCACAGCUCUGAAUUGUGUGCUUCAGGUUCCAAAGUUCCUACCUCAAGAGCAGAGAUUCGAUAUUCGGGUUCUGGGUUUGGGUCUCCUGAUCAAUCUGGUAGAGUACAGUGCACGAAAUCGACACUGUCUUGUGAAUAUGGAGACGUCGUGUUCGUUUGAUUCCUUUUCCUUGGGAGAAGCCAAUGAUAGCUUAAAUUCCUCUGAACAAAUGGCUGCUGUUCAAGCUCUAGUACAGUUGUUUCUUGAGCGCGAACGAGCUGCUCAGUUGGCAGAGAGUAAAACAGACGAGCUGAUUAAAGAAGCUCCCACUGCACAACAUGACAAGAGCGGGGAGUGGCAGGAGACAAGCGGAGAGAUCCAGUGGGUGUCUGCAGAAAAGCCAGAGAAUGCAGAGGAGAAGGAUAAGAAGGAAGAAGAUGAAGAAGAACUUGAUCUCAAUAAAGCUCUGCAGCAUGCUGGGAAGCACAUGGAAGACUGCAUUGUGGCCUCGUAUACAGCAUUGCUUCUGGGCUGCCUCUGCCAGGAGAGUCCAAUCAAUGUCACUACUGUGAGGACAUAUUUACCUGAAGGGGACUUCUCAAUCAUGACGGAAAUGCUCAAAAAGUUCCUCAGUUUCAUGAACCUUAUUUGUGCUGUUGGAACGACAGGCCAGAAGUGUAUCUCUAGGGUGAUAGAGUACUUGGAACACUGCUAGAUACUCCAGUUUGGCGACAGGCACUCGGAUGCUGGAGCUACUCUUUAGAGAAAAGAAGUCAUGCAAAGAGAGUCUCGACGAUGCACCAAGAGCAUUCACUGAUCUCUUUUUGUGUUUGGAUUUUUAAGGCGACCUGGUCUCUUAACCACACAAACUCAGCAUUUUCAGAAAAGACAGUUACCACAUCAAUCUGCAACUAUCAAAAAUGAGGAGAGGGGGAAAAAAAUACCGAAGAAAGCAAAUCAGGAUUUCACGAUGUUCAUAAUAAUGCAGUGCAGUAUUUAAAUAUAUUUGGCAGGGUUUUCUCUCCCUAUUAUUUUUUUUCCGGCUUUGUUUGUGACAACUUUAAAGGGGAAGAACUUGCUGCUGGUAGUGCAACUGCUGUUUACUGUUGAGCCACUGUUUUUUCAUGCCAGCCAGGUGCAAAGGCAGCUUUAGCUACUGAGGUAUCAAAAAAUAUGUUCUAAUAAACAUGCUCUGGGCAGCAGCAUUGCUCGAUUUGAGUUUAAUUUGCUCUUGCUUUUUACAGAGAAUUAUUCCAAAAUCAUAAAAAAAAGAAAAUUUUUAAAUACUUUUUUGUGAUUUUAACUACUGUCUAUAUUUAAAAAAAAAUGUGUUGGAAUCCAAAGAGGUUGAGGCUUGGAUAGUUUAUUUUUUAUACUGUUUUGAUUGAAAAUUGGGUUGUUGGAAACUACUUCUCAGUUUUUGAAAUUGUCGUGGCCUACGUACUGUAAACUAAUAGACCAUAACACUUCAUAGCUGGAAGAAGCAUGCAGGAAAAAAAACAAAACCCCCUCCCAGCUGGCGGCUGUGUCUAUUUUUUUAAAAAUGCAGUAACCGCAAAACUUGCCCUGUUAAAAGGACAGUCUGAAGCAACACUCAGUGCCAGGGCAGUUUACGCUGUGUAGUAAGCAAAAACUUUUAAAAUGCUGUCUUGAUUUGUUUCAAGGAAGAAACGUGGAUUAUUAUAUUAUAAGGAGAAAUGUGGAGCUAAAACACCAAUGGGGAUUAAUGUUUCCAGUAGACCUCUUUCUUCUUUAGUAUCGCGCAGGUAAAUUCAUACAAUACAAAGCCUUAAAUAGCUGAAUAUAGCGAAGAUUUUGUUCAGUGUGGGGGUCGUUCACAGCAAAGGAUUGUGUCAGGAAUUUGGUUGAAACUAAACAAACGAAACAAAAAAGAAUCCCUGCAAAGUACCAUUUUUGUUUUAAGACGUUUUGAACAUUUGUGACUUCUCUUGCACUCAUUGUUUUGAUUGACAGCAUUGCUCAUGACUUUUAUUAAGCUGGUCUUGAAUAUUCACAAAACUACUUCGUAGAACAUUUGUGUCGCAGACACUUUUCACAUUUACCUGUGUAGGUAGUUGCAUCAUGUUACUUCAUUGAAUUUGUAAAACUUGAAGCCAUAAGAAAAAAAAAAAAGAUAUUAUUUCUGUGUAUAAUGAGAGGUGGGAGAAAUAACAGAAAAUCUAACCUGCUUUUUAGAUCUUGUGUUCUCUCCAUGUAUAAAGUUACAAACUUGUGCUUUUGUAUCAGUGCCAGCUGUAAAUUUUUUUACAUACAGUGGCUGCCUUCUAUGUCUUCCUAUUUUUGAUAAUGCAGAUUGUGGGGAAUUCUGUAAGGAAGUAACUUGAUUGGAAGCAAAAAUUCUAUAUUGGUCCUGCUUUCCCCCCCAUUGCUUUUCCCUCAUCACCUUCGAGAAUUUUUUUAAAAAACCCCUAAAGUUAGCAUACCAGUGUAACUUAGAAAAGAUGCUGAGGCCAUGUUUGCCCUUGAAAGGAAGACCUUCCACAUGAGAGGAAGAGCAAAGCUGUACUUGUAAAUUAUUUUUUGAGAUGCAACGCAGGAUUUACUUGGAUAUAUUUUUGCCAUUUAGUCUUAACAAUUUAGAGCAGUGGAUUUUUUCAUUUUUAGUUGGGUUUCAUAUAGAUUUGUUAGGCUUGUUUUGUUUGUGUGUGCAAUGGCAAAGGAUGAUUAAAAGUAGCUGCAAUGAGGGAUGUGGGAAAUCAGGAACCACACUUCUCUGUUACACUGGUUAAUGAUCUGAAUGCGAAUUGAAUACCCUCUUGUGUUGAACAGCUUUUAAUUAGCAAGCACUGAAACAUACAGACUUUUUUUUCAUUCUGUUUUUAAGGGGGCUGGGGGGAGACACCAACCGGCAAGCUGCAGUGUGUUUCUUCAUUAAAACCCUCAUCUAAUUCUGUAUUAAAAGGGGUACUUGAGGCCAACCUUCAAAUUUAAAAGUUUUAAAGUAACUUUUUUUCCACUGUAAAUAUAUGUAAAUAAGCGCAAUUGGAAACUAGAACAGUAGAGUACUUUUCUGAAUCCAAUCCUAUUUUUAUUUUAUACAGUAUUUCUCAGCUGUGAUCUUUGGAGCAAAAGCCAACGGCAGGAAUAAUAGUUUGUACCAGUUUCAUGAAGUAUGUCUUUUGGUUUUUGUAAAUAAUUUUAACUCGAAUAAAAAUUGCUACUUUCAAUACAUAA